GGUCAGGAUCUGCACUUGCGAUUACAUUGACAGCCGGAGAACAUGGAGCCUGGGAAAUAUUAUCUGAUCUGCUGCAGCGCUCUGCUGAUGCCUCUGAGUGUGAUUGGACAGCCGCUGUCCUGGUGCGAUCCGCAGCUGUGCCCCGAGGGCAAGGUGCACAUUGCCUGCAACAACAAUGGAAAAUUCCAUGAGAGCUGCUCGAAGGAUGCCACCAUGGUGAACCUGAAGCCACAUCGCGCACUCAUCCUGGCUGAGCACAACAAGCGGCGCAACUUCAUUGCCUCGGGCUCACUGCCGGGCUACUAUCCGGCCACUCGGAUGGCCACCAUGGUGUGGGACGCGGAGCUGGAGUACCUGGCGACGCUCAACCUGAAGACCUGCCACCUGGAGCACGACGACUGCAACCACUCGUACCGCUUCCGCAAUCUGGGUCAGAAUCUGUGCGGCGUCGAUCGCUACCGCAGUGCCCCAAUGAACGUGACCAAUCUGGUGGAGCAGUCGCUGGGUCUGUGGUUCGGCGAGCACCAUGUCAUCGACAGCAGCUUCAUCGCCGACUUCCGCGUGACCAGCAAACUGGAGAAGUACGGGCACUUUGUGGAGACGGUGGUGGACCGCAACACCCACGUGGGCUGUGCCAUGAUGCGCUUCACCAAUCCCAAGUAUCCCUUCCUGUACAUCUACAACACGGCCUGCAACUAUGCCAGCGUCUACGCCAUCGGCGUGCCCGUCUACAGUGCGGGAGAGCCCGCCUCCGAGUGCCGCACGGGCACCAAUCCCCAGUACCCAGCCCUCUGCUCCGUCCAGGAGAAAUACAAUCCAAACUAUAAUAUAUACUAGAACUGAACCAUGGAA